GCGGCAUGAAGCGCUCGACUAAAACCACACGUCAGCGUGCAGGCCCGGUAGCGCUUGCCUCAGAACCCGUGGGAUGUCGCAAUAUCCUAGCCGAGAAAGGACGGACAAAAUUCUCCCACUGCGGCUCGCCAUGAUGCUGCAAAACCAUGUCGCCGCGUAACGCUGAAGAGGCUAGCCAGGAACCCGAUGAGAACACGCCUCUCUUGCUAAGGCCGCCGGAGGAAGAAAAUUGGAAGCCGCCGCGAGGGUUCUUCUGGGUCGAAUUAGCGAUUUUUGCAAAUGUCUUCCUGUAUGGCUUCGACAGUACCAUCACGGCGGCAACAUAUGCUGUCAUCAGCUCGGAAUUUGACGCCGCGAAUACAUCAUCGUGGCUAACAACAUCGUAUCUCAUUACCAGCACGGCGUUUCAGCCACUCUAUGGCCGGUUCAGCGACAUUUUUGGGCGGCGCGUCUGCUUCUUUGUGUCGACUAUCACGUUUGCAGCUGGAUGUCUGGGUUGCGGUCUUGCGAACAGUAUGCUUGUCACGAACCUGAUGCGUGCAUUGACGGGGUUCGGAGGUGGAGGAUUGAUGACGAUGGCGACUAUUGUAAAUUCGGACAUGAUUCCUUUCCGAAAGCGUGGCAUGUAUCAAGCGCUGCAGAACGGAAUCUUUGGAUUCGGGUCGAUAUGCGGUGCUUCAUUCGGAGGUUCCAUCGCAGACUCUAUUGGCUGGCGCUGGUGCUUCCUCGUCCAAGUGCCCAUCUCCAUCAUCGCGCUUGUCCUUGGCUGGAUCGUUGUCAAGAACCCCAUUGAGCUUCAUCCCAGCUGGAAGGAGAUGCGAGAAAAAGUCGACUUCUUUGGGGCUCUGCUGCUGGUGACAGGUAUUUCGGUACAGCUCUUAGGCCUAAGUCUAGGUGGCAACGAACUACCGUGGAGCAAUGCAUGGGUCAUCAGUUCACUGGUUGGCAGUUUUGUGUUACUCGGGGGGUUCAUCUGGGUCGAGUCUCGGACCACUGCGAUUCCCGUCAUUCCUCUGCGUCAAUUACGCGGAAGGAAUCCUAUCGCAAUCCAGACCGCUAACAUCUGCGCUGGAACAGCUGCGUAUGCGUAUCUUUUCAUGCUGCCCCUUUUCUUCCAGGUCGUCCUUCUGGACACUGCCACCAAAGCUGGCGCACGGCUUGCGAUACCCUCGCUUGCUACCCCUGUAGGUGGCCUCAUUGCAGGCAUUGUCAUGUCGCGCUGGGGGAGAUUGAUCCCUUUGGUACGAGUAGGAGCUCUUCUCUUGGCUGUAGGUAACGCCAUGGUGACAUCGUUUUCGUUCCAAGACACGACGUGGAAGUACAUGGUGUUUAUCUUCCCAGCCAAUUUGGGCCAAGGGAUCAUCUACCCAGCCACUCUCUUCACAACACUGGCCUCGUUCGAUCAUUCAGAUCACGCCGUGUCUGCAUCUACUGUCUAUUUGAUCAGAUCCUUAGGGACCGUGUGGGGUGUAGCCAUCAGUGCUGCAAUCGUUCAAAACACUCUGAAUAGGAGGCUCCCAGGUGCUCUGGAAGGAAUCCCGAACAAGCAAGACAUCAUAGACAGUAUCCGACAUUCAGUCAUUGCGCUGCGCAGCCUACCUCCCGACAUACAGUUGAAGGCGCGAUUGAUAUACUAUGACGGUAUCAGAUACUCAUUUGCGGCAUCUACCGGAAUUGCGACUGUGGCUAUUGUAGCCAGCCUAUUCGCGUACAAUGCAGGAUUACGAGAUACCGCCAGCCACUAGGAGAAAGAGAAAUCAUGUUCCUAGAUCCAAUAAGCAGACGCGAGAAGUUCCUGGUUGGGAAGUAAGACCAAUGGGUUGAUCCUACAGUAAACGUGGAAAUAAUGACUUGUGUCUAGCACAGAUCGUGCAUGAACAAUAUCAUUCUCUGUGUUGUGACAAGCCUGGUUCGAGAUUGGACACCCCUGGUAGAUAUCGGUGUGCCCAGGUUUGGCAACUUGUAAUAAUAGCUUGAAAAUUAUGAAGACACAAUUGCAUUUUCACCGCGCGCGUCGUGUCCGCGCGUCAUCUCCAA